UUUUUUACUGUUACAGGGCGACAAUUCGACAAACCCACACUGCGCGUCGUAUAAAUACGACGCCGAAGCGCGCAGACACACACACACCCUUCACUCUCAUUGGCCGCAGGGGGUCUUUGCAGUCAAGUUGAGCGCUGAUGCCAAUCGGUGCGUCGCGGUAAUCUGCGCUGACUCUACUGCCGCUGCUGCUGCUGUAGGUUUCUCACUGCUCGACUCGGACGGAGCUGUUGAGAAGAUGGCACAUUCUGACCGACCCGACAUGGCGAUCGCAAAAGUGUACCGGGGGACGUUCAUGCACUCGACCCAGCAAACUGCGGUGCAGGUCCUAGAAGAUGCGCUGCUCGGAGUGGAUACAGACGGAAAGAUCGCUUUCAUUAGGCGAGGCGAAGAGCUGGGAGCACUGUCUCAGACCUUUGGAUUCAGUCCCAGUGACGUCACUCAACUGGCAAAACAUGAGUUCUUCAUGCCAGGACUUGUGGACACCCACAUCCAUGCAUGCCAGUACAGCUAUGUGGGCACCGCUCUGGACAUGCCGUUACUGCAGUGGCUCGAUACCUACACCUUUCCCGUUGAGUCACAGUUCAAGGACUUGCAAUUUGCCGAAAGGGUCUACUCUCAAGUAGUGUCAAGGACGCUGAGAAACGGAACAACCACUGCAUGUUACUUUGCUAGCAUACAUACAGAUGCCUCUCUCCUGUUGGGCAAAAUUGCAAAUGACUUUGGACAGCGUGCCUUGGUGGGCAAGGUGUGUAUGGACACAAACAAUUCUGUGAAGCAUUACAAAGAGACCAACCAGGAAUCUCAAGAUGAAACCUGCCGGUUCAUUGCAGAGCUCUUGAAAAGAAAGUACCCUCUGGUGAGACCAGUGGUGACACCCCGCUUCGCUCUAUCCUGCACUGGAGCCUUGCUGGGACAGCUGGGAGAAAUCGCUAAGAAAGACAAUCUGCACAUUCAGAGUCAUAUCAGUGAAAACUUAGAGGAAGUGAAGAUCGUAAAAGCGCUGUUUCCUGAAUCCGAGUCCUACACGGACGUCUAUCUCAAACACAACCUGCUCACUGACAAGACAGUGAUGGCUCACGGCUGCCACCUCAGUGACAAAGAGUUGGAUCUUUUCAAAGAGAAAGGAGCCUCUUUGUCUCACUGUCCCAAUUCCAACAUUUCGUUGUGCAGUGGAUUGUUGAAUGUCCGCAAUGUCCUGAAACACCAAGUGAAGUUGGGGCUGGGAACAGACGUGGCGGGGGGCUACUCGGCCUCUAUGCUGGACGCCGUGAGGAGAACUCGGGACACAUCCAAAGUCUUGAACAUCCAGAACCCGGAACACGAAACGCUGACCUUUGAGGAGGUGUUCAGACUGGCCACGCUGGGAGGCAGCCAAGCCUUGUCCCUGGAUGACAAGACAGGGAACUUUGAAGUGGGCAAAGACUUUGACGCCCUGAGGGUGAAUGUAGCCGCCCCUGGUGGACCCAUGGACUGGAUCCAGUCGGAGAAACCAAAGAUCACUUUGGAAAAGUUCUUGAAUUUGGGUGACGAUCGGAACAUAGCAGAGGUGUAUGUGGCCGGGAGGAAAGUGGUACCAUUCAAAGAAUAAACGCUUUGGUCACUCGCUGCAAAGCCUGAACCCCCCUGGAAAGUCAGCUUGAAGCGGGCGGUAAAUAACAAGAUACGUGUGAAUCCGAAAAAAAUAAACAAGAUUUUCAGUUUAAGAUCAGUGGGAAACACCCUAUGAACUGCUCUACUGCACAGCUCUAUUUUAAUGCUAAAACAAAUAAGUAA